AUGUCGCGCGGACGCCGCGGGAUUCGUCUUAGUCGUCCGAUCGGUGGACCAGAGGUGGCCAUCAGAACCGUCGAAGAGGAGCGUGUUGAGAAGAGGAGGCUGAAGGGGAAGCCGAUGCUGUAUCAUGAUCCGAUGAGACGAGUCAUGUCACGUGUCGUCGGGACGCUGCUCUGGCGUUCCACGCUGCUGACCAGCGUCGCCGCGGCGCUAUUCGUUCUCUCCUGCUGCUGCAGAUUCGCUCGUGCCAGCGAAUUCCCAGAGAGAGAGUGCUGCGAUCUGAUAUACCCGCUUCCAGAGCCAACCGGAAGAUCAACGUCCGCGCCUACGCCUACCGGAAGAAGCGGAUCCGACAUCAAAGUACCGGUCGAAAUGCUGAACUGUCUUUACGCGCGUCAGUUGUGCUUCGAGGAUACAUCCUGCAGCGCAAUCCUGGAGAUUAUACCGAGGGUCUGCGGCCCGAUACCAGUGGCUUGUUCGACGGUGACAGUGACAAAGUGUCAAGCGGCCCUGCACACUCUGCAAGCUUUCCCUUUCUUCCGCCCCACGUGCCUCUGCAGGGAACCGCACCUAGAUCCGGACUGCAACAGCUUCCAGAACUUCCUCUUCGACCACCCUUGCAUCUUCGUCUUGAAAAAGGAUAAAGACCCGUAUCCUAUAGACGCUCUGCCAACCUGCAAUCAUGCGCUGAGCGUCUGUUUACGCGGCAAACCGUGCAGCCAGAUUUUCGAGGACUUCAAAACGAACUGCAAAGCGCGGGAGGGCAAGUGCAGGAUGGAGAGUCGAGGCGCGUGCCACGAUUCCUGGACCCAGCUACGAUUGUCACCGAUGUUCGGCUGCAUCUGUCCGAACAACCACAUGAAGAGGCGCUGCGACAGGAUCUUCUCGAUGGUGAAUCACAAUCCGUGCGUUGUGAAGGUCAUCCCGCAUCCGGACAAUUCGACCACCUUCGAGAUGAUCGAGUCGCAGGUGGAGAACCCGCUGAUCGACGCCGACCAUCAGGAUCUACUGGCCAUUAAGCAGAUCCCUGUGCCCGGAGGACAUCAUCACAAGUCGCAUCACAAGAGGAAUCAAACGGACGAUCACGACCAGACGUCCGUGGUGCUGCCGUCCGCCGCCUCAGACCUGGACAAGAUCCAGCAGCCGGUGAAGGUCGUGCUAUCCAGCACUUGUCAUCACGCGUACACCGCUUGCAAAAACGAUCCAGACUGCAGGGCCCUAAUGGAACCUGUGCUGAACAACUGCGGUUCGACGAGCUGCGCGCGAAACGAGUGCAUGGACGCGCUUCAGAACUUCUACAAAUCCGCCAAUCACAAGCACUCCGUGGAGAUCGCGUUCUGUCUGUGUAGGAAAACAGACGGAAAGAAGGACGAGUGCAUAGUGGCGCAGGAGAAGAUGCAUCCUGCGUGCGCGCAGCGAGUCGAAGGCGCGGAAAUGCCGACCUGUCACAGCCUGGCGAAAGCUUGCAAGGCGAACAACGCUUGCAGAAUGAGGCUGGAGUACUACGAGCAGAGCUGCGCGAUGGAUAGCAUGACGAUGAAGUGUGCCGGUCCAACUGCGGAGUGCAGGAAAGCGAUGCUGGGGAUACUCGGUACCGAGCUGAGAUCGAACUGCGCCUGCAAAGGCACGGAGUUGACGCAACUGUACGAUUGCUUGGGGUGGCAGAGGUUGCUUUGGGUGAAUCCUUGCGUCGUGGAGUCCCAAAAGGAUUAUCACACGCAUAGGAAACACCAUCAUUACCCAAGGACCACGACGACGACCGUCUUAUCGACGACCAAGACGCCGGUUAGCAUAACGACGGUCGCCGUGGUCGAACAAGUGGAGGAUAAUCAAAUACCGGAAGUGACGAGGUGGCCAACCACCGAACCCACGGAAACUUGGGAAAUCACCACCACCAGCACCACCACCAUGAGUACGACUCCCAGUACCACUACUACUACCACACCGCCUCGCUUCUGCGUGGUUCAAAGGCCAAGGCAAAGUCACCAAUACAUAAGGGAGGGCAAAGGCAAGAGGCUGUACCGCGAGGACGAGCCCGAGUGCUCGGAGCUGUGCCAGUGUGGCGAGGGAGAAGUUUUGAUCUGCCACACGAUCUGCGUGGAUUCGUCGCCCUGCAAAACGGACUUCGCGUUCUACAACCACGAGGCACCGGCGUAUCAGGCACAUCGCGGACCCUGCCUUUGCUACAGUGGCCGUUUCAUAUGCAUGCGGCCCUCGCCUGACGCAUACUCAAUACCGCACGGAGUUUUCAUGUUCCUGGGCUACAGCGAAAAGGACGAGAGUUUCUUGCGCCAGCACAAUAACCUCACGGUCCUGGACGCGGUGUCGUCCCUCGAUAGCUUCAUGAGAGAAGAAGUUAACAAUCAGACAGUGUGCACGCUGUUCCUGUACAACGCCACCCGAGAGAACGUGAUUGCAGUGGCGCGUCUCGGGACUGACAAUCCACCCUUAAAUAGCAGCCAAGCUCAAAGUCUGCAACACCUUCUGCGCGUCAAGGAGGAGUGCGCCUCGAUACUGGAGGAUCUGAGCGAGAAGAUCAACAACAAGUAUCACGAGGUCCACACGCAUCCGCUGCUGUCGAUCUUCAAGAUGGCCGAAGUGGCGGUGAAGUUGCCGUACAGCAACAAAGUCGGUGGUCUGUCGAGGUCGUCGAGCUUCCUCCUGGUCGCGAUUCUGCCGCUUCUCAGCUUGCUUCGAUCGACGUCCACGUGUUUUCUCGCCUCGUGA